AUGGUUUACAUAAAACACCAAUAUUUAAUUCUCGUUAUAUCCUUCGCCUUCAUAUGCUCCGUCAACACUCAACAAGUUCCUUCCUUCCCGUCUCAACAAGCACCCUCCUUCCCAUUAGGAAAAUCUCAACAAAAUGAUCCUUCUCGUAAACUGGGUAACAACCAACCUCAACCGGCGAGUGCUGCAACUCAACAACCAGGUGGGUUGGGAGACACCAUUUUUAAUCCAAAGAGCCCAGCUGCUGGCUUGCAUGGUGGUUUACCCGGACAGCCCGCCUCCAGCGAAAUCGGACAUUCUUCACCGACGUCAUCAAAUGCACACACCGCCACGCAUGCAUCCACCACCGCCAGUCGUUCAGAGAAGCCUUCUAGCAUGUCGGCUCAUAAUGCACCUUCGAUUGGGGAAUCGUCAAGAUUGGGGAAUUUUGGUAUUGGUAUGAUGGCAGUGAUUAUGUGCGGAUUUUUUGGGGGAUUUGUGUGCUUGUGA